AUGUCUUGGUCUCAAGUCUCCAAAAGUCGGUGGGAGCGGCCCGCCGGUGGCAUGGAGGGAUUCUUCACUGUAAUGGAGAACACUUCAAGCGCACUCUGUGGCGGCCGCCGCCAGUUUACUAUCUUCUCUCGCCUCAAGGUUGACUUACAAAUCCCAGCUGCCGAGGUGGAAGAUGCACUGCGAUACGCGUGGAAGCAAUUGCGCUAUGAGCAGCCACAGAUCGCUGUAACCUCGGAAGGGUUCAACAAGAUCUACGAGGUUCCCGAUGAAGCUACGCUUCAGUCAUGGCUGAAUAGGACAUUCAUCGUAUCCGAUUACGCUGAUGGCGAGACUAUUGGAAAUGAAGCCAAACCGAUCGAACAAGCCACCCUCUACUAUGUGCCAAAAGCUUCACAGCUCGUCAUUCGAGUCUCUCAUUCCGUCGUCGAUGGUGUAGGUAUGAUGCUUGUAUGGCAUUCAUAUCUAAACGCCUUGACCAACCCGAAGCCCAACCUAGUAUUCGGGGAAGAAACUACUCGAUUGCCCCCUUCGUUAGAAAAAGCCUUGGGCCACCCCGACGUGCUACCGGAAGAGACGGCGGCCAAGGGCGCAGAAAUAACAGCUGAUACGGUGGGUUUCCUCCCGGGCUUCGGUCCUCCGAGUCGAAUAGGUUCUGUUCCAGCUGGACCCACACAGAGGCGCGAUUUUGAGUUUUCCGAGCAAGCAACCGCCGCUAUUGUGCAGGCCUGUAGGAGGAAUGGAUACAGUGUCACCGCAGCUGUGCAUGCUGCUCUCGCCUUGACAGUUGUCAAACAUGCGGACCCUGCACAAAUUACAGAGAGGACGAUGUAUGCUACGGUUAAUAGCUUCAACCUUCGUUCCCACCUCCCCGCGCCAUAUAGCUCCACCGCCGCGGCAGUCUACUAUUCCAUUUGGCCCUUGAUCCUCAAACGACCUGAGAGCUUCGAGGAAGUCGUACGCCUCAUUGACGAAAAUUACAAGACCUCAUUCAACGGCAAUGCGGAGAACCUGGCACUGACCGGCUCGGUCACUGGUGCCCUCUGUGACACCGUGAAGACUCCAGAAUUCUGGUCUGCGCCUCCAGCCCGAGACGCCUUAGUGAGCAGUCUCGGUAUUGUCGAGCGCUAUCUACGGCAAUCUUAUGCCUCUGCUGAUAAUGGCAGAUUGGUUACUGUUGAAAGUUUCAAGCUCGGCACGGAGAUCAUUCUGGGACAUAGAAUUGCUUAUGAUGGUUAUUUCCCAUCCACAACAGACCUGAGCCAGCUCUACGUCCUGUCUAUCGAUGGAGAACACUAUCCAGCAACAUUCACGUUCGAGAACCUACUCUGGACUUUUAUUUUACCUGCCGUCGAGAGCCUAGCUCUGGUGACUGGUGUGCACCCAUUUCCGACGCGUGGGCCAAUGGAGAGGCUCCUAGGAGCAGCUGCUCUGACUGUGUGCUGGGAACCUACCAAGAACAGUUGGACUUUCCGCUGGGCCACGACGAUGAGUUAG